AUGAAGAAAGCGUGGAACCCCAAAUUGGUAAUAUCCCUCUCUUUUUCUUCAUGCUCUCUUUCUUGCCAAUACAAACUAUCCCAUUUUCCCACCAAUACUAUCAAAUCCUAUUUCGUUGAAAAGCUCCAAACUUGCGAGGACUUAGCCUCUGCGACCUCGACCCACUCCAACGUUGUCAAAUCCGGUUUUGGAAAUGACACUUUUACCACAAACUAUCUCAUCAACUGCUAUACAAGACUCUUUAGAAUCGAGUAUGCACAAAAACUGUUCGACGAAAUGGCUCAGCGAAAUGUUGUGUCCUGGACUUCGCUUAUGGCUGGUUAUGUUAACCAGGGUCGACCCAACAUGGCACUUGGUCUCUUCCGUCAAAUGCAAGGAACCUUGGUUCUUCCCAAUGAAUUCACAUUUGCCACUCUCAUCAAUGCAUGCUCUAUUCUUGCCAACCUUGAGAUCGGUCGUAGAGUUCACGCUCUUGUUGAGGUUUCGGGGUUUGGGUCCAAUCUUGUUGUGUGUUCUUCCCUCGUUGAUAUGUAUGGGAAGUGCAACCAUGUUGAUGAGGCUCGGAAGAUCUUUGACUCCAUGUGUACAAGGAAUGUGGUUACUUGGACUUCCAUGAUCACGGCAUAUUCUCAGAAUGCACAAGGACUCCAUGCUCUACGACUGUUUAAAGAAUUCAAUUAUACAAGCUUUGACAAACUGAAUCAUUUCAUGUUGUGCAGUGCAAUCAGUGCUUCUGCGAGUUUGGGAAGCCUAGGUUCAGGAAAAAUCACUCAUGGGGUGAUCAUCCGUCUUGGACAUGAUUCAAGUGACGUGAUUGCCAGUGCACUUGUGGACAUGUAUGCCAAAUGUGGUUGCGUUAAUUAUUCUGACAAAGUCUUUAGGAGAAUCCCAAAUCCUUCAGUGAUUCCCUAUACUUCAAUGAUUGUAGGUGCUGCAAAGUAUGGACUUGGGACAUUGUCUCUACAACUAUUUCAAGAAAUGAUUGAUAGAAGAAUAAAGCCUAAUGAUAUCACCUUUGUUGGGGUUUUGCAUGCUUGCAGCCAUUCAGGGCUCAUAGAUAAAGGACUUGAGCUCUUGAAUUCCAUGAGAAGGAAAUAUGGGGUGAUGCCUGAUGCAAAGCAUUACACAUGCAUUGCAGAUAUGCUAGGCCGAGUGGGGCGUAUUGAAGAAGCAUACGGGUUAGCAAAAUCAGUUCAAGUUGAAGGUGAGGGAUAUGCCUUGUUAUGGGGGGCACUUCUUUCAGCUAGUAGGCUUCAUGGCAGGGUAGACAUUGCUCUUGAAGCCGGCAAUCGGCUUAUAGAGUCCAACCAACAAGUAGCAUGUGCAUAUGUUGCAUUGUCCAACACAUAUGCAUUAGCAGGGGAUUGGGAAAAUGCUCAUAAUCUACGAUCCGAGAUGAAGCGUGCUGGAGUUUACAAGGAACCUGGCAGCAGUUGGAUUGAGAUAAAGGAAUCAACAUAUUUGUUCCAUGCCGGCAACGUCCCUAAAUGUACUCCAGGGAGAGAGAUGCUGAGCUUGCUAAGAGAAUUGGAAGAGAGAAUGAAGGAAAGGGGAUAUAUGGGAGGGACUACAGGGUUGGUAUUUGUUGAUGUGGAAGAGGAGGCCAAGGAGCAAAUUUUGAGUCUGCAUAGUGAGAAACUAGCCUUGGCAUUUGGACUAAUAAACACACCUAAAGGAACCACAAUCAGAAUAAUGAAGAACUUGAGAAUGUGCAGGGAUUGUCAUGAGACCUUCAAGAUGAUUAGUGAUAUCGUAGAGAGAGAAUUUGUUGUGAGAGAUGUGAACAGAUUUCAUCACUUCAAAAACGGAUUAUGCACCUGCGGAGAUUUUUGGUAA